AUGAGUAUUAGAAAGCUAUUCGAUGACAUUCGAAGUGCUGAUCUGUUCAAUGCUUUUUGGAAGUAUCCAGAAGAAAAGAACUUAUCAGUUCUGGCAAGCAGGCUUCUGCACAUAAAGUCGGCUAAGGAGCUGCGCAGCGCAGUUGCACAAAUAUGCAAUUAUGUAUUUGAGGAGAACGAGGAAGGGUCGUUUCUAUACACAGAAGCCCAGAAUCUUUUAAAGCAUGCUGAAGCAGUGGUAGAAAAGGCCCUUGCUAUGGCCAGUGUGACGGGAUCACACAGUGAUAUAAUAUCAAUAAAAGAAGAAAAGGAUAAGAACAAAUUUGUUGUGUGGGAGAAUGCAGUGGUUAACAAACUUUGCCAUCUCUACAAAGAAUCACUUCUGGCGUUUUGCAAAGAUAUGCCUGUAUAUGAAAUAGAAGAGCACAUAAAAAUAGUUCUUUAUGGAAGAAGACAGGCCCAUCAUUCUGCUCUGGAGGAGAGCAUACACUAA